GGGCGGCCCCGCGCGGAGGCUGCCGGGACAAGAUGGACGCCCACGACCUCUUCCUCAGGCUGGGCGCGGGGGCCAAGUUCGACGUGCGCCGCUUCUCCGGCGACGCGAAGCGUUUCCAGGUGGGAAAAAGGAAAAGUGACUUUGAGUCUCCAGAACUGUCGGAGCGGCUGGACUUCUUCGGAGCCAAGAAACCCGCUCCGAAAGAGCCUGGGGCCUCGGGGGACGGCGUCCCCGAAACCGGAGGAGACGAGCCGCAGGAUGAGGGGACGGGUGGCGGAGAAACUCCCGGCACCGCAAACCAAAGGAAGGGAAAGAGGAACGCAAAGAAGAGGAAGAUUCAGGGGGCCUCAGGAAACGCUUUGUUGGGCUCUGCGGAAGAUGGCAACUCAAUACUCUGGAUGUCCUCCCUGGAAGCAAACCGUACAAAAAAUCAAGAGAAGGAAGAGAACAAACCGACGGCUGAAAAACUGGAACGGCUCAGAAAGGAAAAGGUAAAUCGUUUGAGAAGCAAACACAAAAUUCACAUCCAAGGAACGGAUCUUCCCGAGCCAAUCUCUGCAUUCGAUCAACUUGAUCAGGAAUAUAAGAUAAAUCAGCGACUGCUUCAGAACAUCGUGGCCGCCGGCUUCGAGAGCCCCACCCCCAUUCAGAUGCAAGCUAUUCCCAUCAUGCUUCAUGGUCGUGAGCUCCUGGCUUCUGCUCCUACGGGAUCAGGAAAGACCUUGGCUUUUAGUAUUCCCAUCUUAAUGCAGCUGAAGCAGCCCACGAAUAAAGGCUUCAGAGCUCUGAUCAUCUCGCCGACCCGAGAACUCGCCAGCCAGAUUCACCGGGAGCUGGUAAAAAUCUCCGAAGGCACCGGAUUCAGAAUACAUAUGAUACAUAAGGCCGCCGAGGCAGCCAAAAAGUUUGGGCCUAAGUCAUCCAAGAAAUUUGACAUUCUGGUGACCACACCGAAUCGACUGAUUUAUUUAUUGAAUCAAGAGCCUCCCGGUAUAGACUUAACGAGAGUCGAAUGGCUGGUGGUCGACGAGUCGGACAAAUUGUUUGAAGACGGGAAGUCCGGCUUCAGGGACCAGCUGGCUUCCGUCUUCCUGGCGUGUACAUCUCCCAAGGUCAGAAGGGCCAUGUUCAGCGCAACCUUUGCACACGACGUGGAGCAGUGGUGUAAACUCAAUCUCGACAACAUCAUUUCGGUGUCCAUUGGAGCCAGGAACUCCGCCGCAGAGACGGUAGAACAAGAACUUCUCUUCGUCGGGUCCGAAACGGGGAAACUACUGGCCAUGAGGGACCUCGUUAAAAAGGGUUUCAGCCCGCCUGUGCUUGUUUUCGUCCAGUCCAUCGAACGGGCAAAGGAGCUCUUUCACGAGCUCAUCUACGAAGGCAUUAACGUGGAUGUUAUUCACGCCGAAAGGACGCAGCAGCAGAGAGAUAACACUGUCCAGAGUUUCAGAGCUGGAAAAAUCUGGGUUCUCAUCUGCACUGCCCUGUUAGCCCGAGGGAUUGAUUUUAAAGGCGUGAACUUGGUAAUCAACUACGACUUUCCGACUAGCGCCGUGGAAUAUAUCCACAGGAUAGGCCGGACUGGAAGAGCGGGACAUAAGGGAAAAGCCGUUACGUUCUUCACCGAAGAUGACAAGCCUUUAUUACGAAGUGUCGCUAAUGUGAUUCAACAGGCAGGAUGUCCUGUACCAGAAUACAUCAAACAUUUCCAAAAACUGCAGAGCAAGCAAAAGCGGAAGUUGAUCAAGAAACCAUUGGAAAGGAAGAGCAUUAGUACAAUGCCGGAGUAUUUCUUGGAAAAGGCCAAGGAACAGCAGAAAGUUGCCGGUCAGAGCGCCAAGAAGAAAGUUGAUCCGGACCUCAAAAGUAAUAACCACCCUUCAUUGUAGACCGUCCCGGACCUUUCAUCCCGUUGUUUUACGUAUUCCAGUGGGAAGACAUGAUUUCAUCAAACGUUUAACCCAGUCACCCUUUCUGUGACUUUCCACGUGAAAUCAAAAGCCAGGAAAUUAGCCGUGGAGACGAGGGGGGUGGGGUCAUCGUGGACUUUGGUAUUUCCCGUCAAGAUAAAGAAAUUGAUAAAGAAUUUUUAAACCGGCACAGAAGUGAGAGUCUCGAAACGGGGGGGGGGGGGGAGGGGGGCUCAAGCGGGUUGAAGCACUUCUUGGAGAAGUCCAAGAGCAGAGCGGCAGUGCUCUCUCUCCCAGGGUAGUGAGGUCCAGAAGCUCUGGCCUACCCGGGAUGGAGCUGGUGAAGACAUUUUUUGUUCUCUAAAACUUGGAGCAAGAUUUCAGAAGGAGAGCUUGAAAACCAGAGUCGUGUAGACCAGAGAUGGACAGCUGUGGGCCAGCUCCUGCCCACCAACGGAAUCACUCUGGAGUUGGAGAUUCUCUCAAGAUGUCGAUUCCUGCGGGUAAUGGCAGCAAGAAGUGUGCGCUAGUCACACUUAAUAAGGGCCCCGUUUCUGGGGAGACUUAGCCUUCUCCUUUCUACAGCUAGCGCUUGAAGCCCCCAGAUCCCCAGGAUCCCAGCUGAUGAUCCUCUGGGCUCUUUAAAGAGCCCUGGGAAAGGCAGCAGAUUUCCCCUCGUUUAAACCUUUCCCGGGCACCGUUGGAGAAAAACCCUCCGUCGAUCUUCCGUUUCCCUACCCCUUCAGACUCUCUUUAUAGCCGGUCUCCUUCCUCGCCACUUGGCUUUUCUCCCUGGAUGAACGAGUGUUCCUAUUACAGGACGUAUUUUUGGCAGUACACACUAGUGGGCUAGUUUCCUGACACAUUUUUAUUUUAAGUCCGCUUCGUUCACGGAACCCUAGCCUCCUGAAGGCUGAUGUAAAUUACGUUCCGCGGUUAACGUGUUUUUACAAAAAGCAGGCUUCGUGUUAAGGAAUAAAACCUCUUGGUUACAA